AUGAGCAUACAUUGGCUGAGCGUGUGCAAUCACUGGCAGAUUGGUGUGCAGGGGUUGUGCUUGGCUUUGGAUUGGCUUCUGGUCAUAUUCGCGCAGAUGAACAAGAGCUCAUUGAAAGUUUACAAGAUGUUGCAUCUGUUGAGUUUGAUGAAUCAGAUGACGAUGAUGAGGGAACGUCGUGACCGCCUCGCUGAACAAAUGGGUCCCAAUAGCAUUGCAAUUAUCUCAACCAGUCCAGAAGUCAUGCGUAACCGAGAUGCUGAUUAUAAGUUUCGUGCGGACAGUAGCUUUUUCUAUUUAACCGGUUUCGCAGAGCCACAAGCAGUUGCAGUCAUAGAGACAGAUGAAACUGCUUGUUCUGUCGUGAACGUAAUCGUGAGAUGGAAAUCUGGAAUGGUUACCGUGCCGGAAUUGAUGGUGCGGUUGAUGAUUAUGAAGCAGAUGAAGCUUAUGCGAUUGAUCUGCUUGACGAAGAAAUUAUUGCUAAAAUUUUAA